CCACCAAUACUUCAACGAGAGGAAGGAAGCCCAUUGUUUCUCUUUCUCACUCGACAUAGGCACCAGAGUCACCUGUCUGCUCUAAAUAUCACCUGAGAAGACUCGUCCUUGGGCUCAUUGGAUCCAUUAAAAGGGUGAGUCGCAACUCGGGGAUUGGAAACAAAAAUGUGCGUCGAGCUCAGCUUACAUUCAGCGUGCGGGCACGCUUCAAGACGACCCAUGAACUGCGCCAGGACAUGGCGCUACAAGACCAGCUGCUUCUACCCGCUCAUCACUGCAGUCUUCGGUAACGGCCCCGACAAGCCCUGCGAGAAAAUCCGCAUGCGAGUUUGCAAACCACAUCCCUGUUUGCAUUGCUCCGCGCCGUUCCCGGGCUUCGAGGCCGCUCCGGUCGUAGGCGGGCCAUGGCCACUCCGCGACGACAAUAACCCGGAAAAGGACCAGAGGCACGGAUCGCACCGGGAGCAGCAGCAGCAGCAGCAACGACCAAUCUCCAAGGCUCUGCCUCCCAUCCCCCUACAGCCGGUUCGUAGGCCACAGACGGCCGUCAAGACAGAGAUCGUCGAUCCUACGACGACGAUGCAUGCUGACGACGUUUAUCAGACUCUCGGUAUUCUUUCCACGAAGGCCUAUACUCCAGAUGCCAGUCCCCAGAGGCGCAUAGACAACAGGUAUCCUACCAGUGAGAGGGAUGGGCAGCCUCAACCCAAGCCCGACCACCAACGGACAAAGGACAAGGUUCGACGACCGUCGAAGACGCAUGAGGGUGCGACGAGGCCAUCUAGGCCGGCUCAGAAUCAGAAUCAGCACCCUGACGGCCCACAGCACAAGCGACACGGGCGUAGCAACAAUCCCCGGAAUCUCCGUAUCGAUACGAGCGCUGCGCGCCCCAAAGCAUCGGGUUCCCGGAAGACCGCCGAUCCCGUCAGGAGACCUACACGGGGCAAGGGUGAGAAAUCUACCGACAACGGCGAAAGAACCCCCGCAUCGGCACGACCUGCCGCCAAGACGAGAGACAGCUCACGGAAACAGUUGCCUGGGAAGCUGGCUCACCUGUACCGCUGCGACGGCGGGCGAAGCUUGGCCGACUCGGACUCCGACGACGAAUCAUUUGUCUGCGCUGACUCUAAACGAGUCGAGAAUCAAGGUUGGGUUGAGAUAGACCUCAGCAGAUAAGAGGGACAUGAUCGCAAAUCAAGACAAAGGGGAAGUAAUGCACAAAGGGGAUGAUCUUGUCCCGUCCCAAGGAUAAACAGAUAUAUGUACAGUUUAAUCGAUCGCUCGAGAACGACAAAGAAAGCUGGAGUAGCAAAAAACAUGAUGUGAAUUCCAAAUUCGGAGUUGCGUCACGAUUAACCCC